AUGCGGGGUGUUCUUCAAGUCGCCCUACUUCUGCCUUUGGCCGUGGGGAAUGCGCUUCCCCACGACCGAGCGCAGUUCAAAAAGAGACCCUUCGACCAUGUUGACGACAUCCUCGCUGGCUUGGGUAGUAUCAAGCAGGACCUCAUGGCUGGUGGCGCUGCAAUCAACCAGCAGCUCUAUCAAGCCACUCAAAAGCCCGCGCAGUACGAAAAGUGCAACCCCAGCAACGUCCAAGUGCGGCAGGAAUGGUCUACCUUCUCCAAGGCUGAGAAGAAGGCAUACAUCGGGGCGGUUCAGUGUCUAGCUGAGCUGCCGUCAAAGACACCAAAGGAGAUGUGCCCCGGUUGUAGAAAUCGCUAUGACGAUUUCGUGGCCACCCACAUGCAACAGACCUUCAACAUCCAAUGGCACAAAGAUCCUACAAAGUCGCCUCUGCUCGACGGCUCUGCGACGUCGAUUUCUGGACAGGGCGCAAAAGGAUGCAGCAAUCAGACAUGGACUGGAAUCCCGUCGAACGAUCAACCAGUCAUCAAGAUUCCGCAUGGCCAAGGUGGUGGCUGCGUGACCUCAGGACCGUUCACGAACUUCACUGUCAAUCUCGGACCGUUGGUUCCUGCGUCCAAAUGUGUCCGACCGAAUCCCGAUCCGUCUGGCCUAGGAUACAACCCCCGUUGUCUCAUGCGCGAUAUCAACGGCUUCACCGGAGAGGGAUGGCUGAAGGACGACGACGUGGUUUCUCUGCUCCAGAGUGACGACUACCAAACGUUUUGGGAAGUUUUGCAAGGUGGGCCAAUGGGGAACAGCUUCGCGAACGGUUUCAUGGGCGUGCACACGGCCGGUCACUUUAUCAUUGGCGGCGAUCCGGCGGGUGAUUUCACAGCAUCUCCUGGAGAUCCCUACUUCUUCUUCCACCACUCGUCGAUUGACAGGCUUUACUGGACUUGGCAGAACCUGAAGCCGAGUGAGCGUACAACUGCCUUGUAUGGACCUACCUUUAUCGGAACCCCGACCUCGCCCAAUGCAACACUCAACGACACCCUGAGCAUGGGGGCAGCAUAUCCUGGGCCCAUCACCAUAGAAGAUGCGUCAAGCACCAUGGGCGGACCAUUCUGCUACAUCUACAUUUAG